AGCAUAGACAAUAUGGCUGUCUCCCAAACCCUUCCUCCGACCGGCUUCGGCCUCUUGGGCAUGACAUGGCGCCCCAAGGUUACCCCCGAUGAGCAAGCCUUUGCCGCCAUGAAAGCUGCCAUUGCGGGCGGCGCCACCAUUUGGUCCAGCUCCUCUAUGUAUGGCAUGGACCCGGAGCCUCCCACGGCUGGGCUGUGGCUGCUGCGCCGAUACUUUGAGAAGUAUCCCGAGGACGCACCCAAGAUCCAACUUUUCAUCCGCGCCUGUUUCGACCCGGUCAGCUUUAAGCCGCAGACAACCCGGGCAGGGGUGCGCGCCAGCUACGAAGAGUGCCAGACCAUCCUGGGCGAGUUCAAGAAAAUCAACGUCUUUGGCCCGGCGCGUAUAGACAAGGAGGUGCCGGUCGAGGAGACCGUGGGCGCCCUAAAGGAGCUCGUGGAGGAGGAUAAGAUCGAUGCCGUGGGCCUGUCUGAAGUCGGGGCUAAGUCGCUUCAUCGUGCAGCUGCCGUGUGCCAGAUCAGCUUUGUUGAGGUCGAGUUUUCACUGUGGAGCACUGAGAUGCUCACCAACGGCGUGGCGGAAGCAUGCAAGCAGCAUGGCAUGACGAUUCUUACAUACGCUCCACUGGGCUAUGGGUUCCUGACGGGACAGGUCACUAAGCUGGAGGAUAUUCCCAAGGGCGACGUGCGGCAUAUGUUUGGCAGAUUUCAGCCAGAGGUAUGUCGAUCUUCUAUAGCUCUCAGUUCAACCUAACGCAGAAAGAACUAAUGAAGAGAUAGAAUUUCGAUAAGAAUCUCGAACUGGUCGAUACGGUCAAGAUCAUUGCCAAAGAGCGUGGCGUCACACCGGCACAGUUGGCUCUUGCCUGGAUCCGCUCGCACUCAAACCAGGGCAACUGUGGUAACAUUAUUCCUAUCCCGGGAGCCACGGCUGCUCUGCGAGUGGAGGAAAACUGUGGCGUUAUAGAGCUUUCGGCUGCGGAGAAGGCUGCGCUGGACGGUGUCAUUGCAUCGAUCGAAAUUGUUGGAGAUCGUCAGAUCGUCGGAAUGAGCGAUGAGAUCCUCUGGACGUAGACACACUAUAGGAAUUGAGUAGUCGACUUAUAUAUUAUCCGUGAAUGAACUCAAACAUACAGUGAGGCUAGUCUCAUCACCGGCCUUCACCAGAUGCAGAUGCUAUAGCCAUACCAUGUCCCCUGGGAAAAUGACUUAGAUGAGUAUGUGAAUUUCGGAGAGA